AUGUCAUACUUGCUCUCGACCUUCCUUCUGCCAAUCUGGAGAGCCAGAGCGAUUUGCCUUCCUCAUUCCUGCCUUCACCCAGUCCUAGCUAGGUCUCAGGGUGGAACAAAUGCGAUAGUCACCUACACUGAUUAUCGUCGAAGGCGAAGUGACCAAUACUUUGUAUUCUACAGCCAGGAAGCACCAACCAGCAUCGGCGGCAUAACCGAGGAUUCUGCUCGAAACGCUUUAUUUAAUAUGACGAUUGGAUAUCGACAAGACUCUCCUCUUGCUUCUCCAUAUGGUUAUACUGUGAAAUUGGCCAAUGAAUCCAGACGCACCUUCUCGAAAUACUUCCCUGUGGACAUUUACGGUCAAUGCAGUGGUGUUCCCUGCCAACACAAUGGUUUUUGUGAAAAGAUGCUGGAUGAAGACUAUCACUUCUAUUUAUCAUUCGAGAAUUCAAUUUGUAAAGAUUACAUUACGGAAAAGUUAUGGAAGCAUGGCUAUAUGCAUGAUGUAGUUCCGAUAGUGUUAAAGGUAUGA